AUGGCACCAACCUCUGCAGCCGUGUUAUUCCCAGCGGCGGUGGCGGCGCUGAUGGCGAUGGCGCUGCAGCUCUCGGCAGCCGCCCCGCCGCCACGGGCACCAAUAGGGCAGCCCGGCUGCAAAACCACUUGCGGCAACGUGAGGGUGCCGUACCCCUUCGGCUUCGGGCCCUCGCGCUGCUACUGGCCGGGGCUCAACCUCACCUGCGACACCAGCAGCCAACCCCCGCGGCUGCUCCUCGGCGACGGCACCCUCCGGGUCACGGACAUCUCCCUCUUCGGCCUCCACGACUCGACCGUGCGCGUCGUGCGCUUCGGCUCUGUCAUAAACGCCACCGGCGCCGGCUUCUGGAGCGCCCCGUUCGGCCGCGGCUUCACAGAGCACGGGUACCUGCUGUCCUGGGGGAACGAGCUCGUCGUCUUCGGGUGCAACGUCGUGGCGACGCUCCUCGCCGACGGCAUCGGGGUAGAGACGACGAACACCCCGGGGAGGAUCGGCGGCUGCGCCAGCCUGUGCGCCAAGGUGAUCAGCGGCGGCGAGUUCAUCAUCAACACGGCGGACGCGAAGUACGGCCCGAUCGGCGACUGCUCCGCCGGCACCGCGGGCUGCUGCCGGUCGCCGGUCACCAUGCCCGCGCCGCCCAGACAAGUGCAGGCCAUGCGACUGAACAGCAGGAGCGACACCGUGGAGGAGAAGCAGCUGCCCGUGAACGUGUUCGUCGCGGAGGAGGGGUGGGUCGGGCAGCUGAGGAACAAGUCGCUGCGCACCGACGAGGUCAGCGAGGUUCCCUUCGUCCUGAAGUGGAGCGUCACGCGCGGCCUGCCGCCGGGCCCGGAACUCGACGACGGGGGCGAGUGCGCCGACGAGGUGCGCCGCAUACUGUGCAAGAGCAGACACAGCAGUUGCUGGAACGCCAUGCCGGGUCCAGGCUAUACCUGCCAGUGCGAGGAUGGUUACGACGGCAACCCUUACCUCGCCGGCGCCGGCGGCUGCCAAGAUAUAAACGAGUGCAAGUUGUCAAGUGAAAAGAAUGGGUGCUUCGGUGAAUGUAUCAACACGAUUGGCAAAAUGUACUGCCGAUGCCCGCAUGGAACUCAUGGCAACCCCGGCGUCAAAGGUGGCUGUUUCAAGAUCAACUCCACUACAGAUACACCAUUGCCUACGGUGGCUCCAGCGCCCAUAGCGCUGCCCAACAACUGCAACGCCACCUGUGGCGACGUUCGCGUGCCGUACCCCUUCGGCUUCGGGCCCUCCCACUGCUACAAGCCGGGAUUCAACCUCACCUGCGACACCAGCCACAGCCCUCCACGGCUGCUCCUCGAUGGCAACGGCACCCUCCAGGUUGCUGGCAUCUCCUUGUCUGACUCCACGGUGCGCGUCAUCCAUCACACCCGCAUCGACGCCUUCGACGUCACCUCGAGCUCCUCCCUCAUUGACGGACGAGUCACGCGUGCUGUUAGCUUUCAGCUCCCGGAGAUCGGCGAGUCCUAUAUGCUGUCUGCCAGGAACGAGUACGUCGUCUUUGGGAAUGGCGUGCAGGCCACCCUGUACGGGAACACGUACAGAAAUGGCAGCGGCGCCAACAGCAACAUCACCGGCUGCGUCUCCAGCUUCAGCUCUGGCCCGUUCGAAGAAUAUCGGAACUGCUCCGGCGGCGACGGCUGCUGCCAUGCGUCAAUCUUGGCGGGCAGCACGCCCAAGAAAAUGGAGUUCAGAGGGCUCGUGAAUACAGGCCUACACAACGACAUGCCAUUGGCGGUCGUCUCAGAGGAGGGGUUGACCGCCCAGUGGUGGGACACGAUCUUAAACAGGACGGUUACUCUGAACACUUGGAUACCCCGUUACUUCUCAUCUCCCCUUGUUUUACAGUGGGCGGUUAAGCAAGGUUUCCCAGCGCCUGCCGGCAACUCAUCGGGGCAGUGCCCCGGGGACGUGGCCAGCCGCCUUUGCAGGAGCGAGCACAGCAGCUGCCGGCAAGAGAAUGGAGGCUAUACGUGUUACUGCCACAAGGGCUACCAGGGCAACCCUUACAUUACCGACGGAUGCAAAGAUGUCGACGAGUGCAAAAUACCAAACAGGUGCUUCGGCCACUGCAAGAACUUGCCAGGGAAAUUCAAGUGCAGGUGCAAGCUAGGAACAUUUGGCAACGCCAACAAGCCCCACGGCUGCGUCAGUUCAUCCGUUAUUUUGUCCAAGUUCAUCAAGAAAAAUAAAAUUGGUUUGUCAGCUGCCAGUGGCCCGGUGCUCCUGCUUUUGGUGCUGGGAACAAUGCUAGUACCCCGCAAGAUUGAACAGCACAGGAUGAAAGUAUUAAAACAAAAGUGUUUCAAGCAAAACCGUGGACAAUUGUUGCAGCAGUUGAUGUCGCAAAAGGCAGACAUCGCAGAAAGGAUGAUCAUACCAAUAGAUGAGCUUGCAAAGGCGACAAACAACUUUGACAAAGCUCGUGAGCUUGGUGGUGGAGGGCAUGGUACUGUGUACAAAGGAAUCUUAUCAGACCUGCAUGUCGUAGCCAUCAAGAAAUCAAAGAUUACGGUCCAGAAAGAAAUAGAUGAGUUCAUAAAUGAGGUAGCAAUCCUGUCACAAAUCAACCACAAGAAUAUUGUCAAACUCUUUGGAUGUUGCUUGGAGACCGAGGUUCCAUUGUUGGUUUAUGAGUUUAUUUCUAAUGGAACCCUUUAUCACCAUCUCCAUGUUGAAGGACCAAGGUCGCUAUCAUGGCGCAACAGGUUAAGGAUCGCAACUGAAAUAGCCACUUCCCUUGCCUACCUUCACUCGUCAGUCUCUAUCCCAAUAAUACAUAGAGACAUCAAGUCCACUAAUAUACUUCUUGACGAUACAUUGACAUCGAAGAUAUCAGACUUUGGAACUUCAAGGUACAUUCCAAUGGAUAAAACAGGGUUAACAACAAGAAUUCAAGGGACAAGAGGAUACAUGGACCCUAUGUGCUGUUACACCGGCCGUGUCACAGACAAAAGUGAUGUCUAUAGCUUUGGUGUAAUUCUCAUGGAGCUACUCACUAGGAAGAAACCAUUUUCAUAUUUGUCCUCUGAAGGUGAUGGCCUUGUUAGCCAUUUUGUCAACCUACUUGCUGUGGGAGAUCUUGUCCAGAUAAUAGACCCACAAGUUAUAGAGGAAGCAGGCAAGGAAGUCCAUGAAGUUGCUACACUUGCAGCAUCUUGUGUAAAUUUUAGAGGUGAUGAAAGGCCAACUAUGCGACUGGUAGAACAUACACUAGAGGGGAUUUCGGGUUCUAAGAAGUAUAUGAAAGAUGAUAUGGUAAUAGCUGAAUUCAAGAAUGAUGGCGGGAAAAUAUUUGAGGAUGAAUCAAGCAGAAGAUACAGUUUGGAGCAGGAAAUGGUGAUGUCUGCAAGGUACCCUCGUUAGCACAGCAUUAUGCCUUGUACAUUAGCAUAAGGGAUUAUUUAACGUCUCCUGGAUGUAAUCUUCAUAUUUGUAGCGUGGGGACGUCUAGCCCCAUGAAUAAUAAUCAAA